AGCGUGUUUCUCUCUCGCCGCAGCCAAUGCAGGUACCGGCCUAGCAGCCGUUCAGCGCGGGAACAACCUUGUGUGCUUGCACGGCGAUCUGUUGCUGGCCGGGACUGCACCGCGACACUAGCCCUCUCGAAGCCUUGGCACCUCCUUUUUCAUCCGUCGAUGGUCUGCGCCGCCUGCGGAGCCUCUGGCGGUGGCCACUGCGGAUCAACCCAGUAGCUCCGCGCCCAGGGCUGGCGGAGGAGGGCGGCUGCAUUCAGGUGGGAGGCGAAGGUGGAUCGUGUUAUUGCCUGCCUCCUAGCUCUUCCACAUGCCUUUUGCACCUGCCUGUGGUUAUUGUUCGGAGGGUUGUUUUCUUAAGCCCUUGCAGCUCGAUCCUGUGCUGUUUUCUCAGUAGUAAGUCCUACUGAGUUCGAAGGGACUUCUUCCCAGGUAAGUAAAUAGGGUUGCAGCCUAAUCCUAUGUGUGCUGCCAAGGAACUGUACCUUUACAAUUGCAGCUCACACGCUGCAAUCGUAUUUAUCCCUGGAAAUCAGGCGCUUUGAAUUCAGUGGGACUAUGUAAACCUGCCUAGGGUUAAGAUCUAAGCGGCUCUAACGUGAACAGAAUCCUGCAUUUCUUGAACGGGUUGGACACAGAGGGUUGUAAACAAGUGUGGGAUUAUUUAGGGUUUCUUUGCAAGUGGGCGAUUUCCACCUGAAACAUGAAGACUCAGGUGGCCUCUGGUAAAGUGACAGUCGGGAUGGUAGGAUGAGAGUCCUUGCUGAGGGUGGCAGGAAUGCGCUUUUAAUAUGUGAAUGAAUCGCAGGUCUGGAUAAUUUAGCACGCUCUUAAAAUAGGCAUUAACUCGGGAAAUGAAUUAUGAGGUCACAUAAUUCUGACGAUCACACUACAGCAGAAGCAUCGCAUAUUGUUAAAGUUUUAUGGCUUUCAGUAAUAACAACAAAACAGAUAGGGGAGGAAAUCGACGUGGGACGGAGCGUCGGCCAGGCCUCCUAGAUGCUGCAGCUGCUAAGGGACACGCUAAAGCCCCGUCCUUACAUUCCCGCUAAAUCGGCCCUGGGAGUGAACACACUCCCUUUGCCCACGCUGUGGAAGGAGGCCCCAGCCUUUUCAAUUCCUCUGCACCCACCAGCCGCUUUCUUUCCUGGAUCGCCGUGUAAAAGCGAUCCUUGCAUUCAGCACGGAAUAUACACCGCCUUCACUCCGGCUUUGCACAAGCAGCCUCUAAAAGAUCCACAAGCUCCGUGAAUAAUAAUAGUUGAUCGCGUGUCCGCUUUUCGCCGUCGCCCCUUUUCCGAACUGGUUCUCCCUUAAACGAAGAUCGAUCGGUUGCAGCAGGGGAGCAGGGAAUCCCUCUCUCGACCGCGUCAUUCUAACCAAGGAAACCCGCGCUCGCGUAGUGCAACGCAAAUGACCAUCUUUGGCAACAGCGACCUGCGACAAUGGAACAAACUAAACCUAGAAGGGGGGGGGAGUAGCUGAAGGUCUGGUCAAGUCGCUCUGACACUCUGGUCAGGCUGUGCCUCCGCUGCAAAUAGGGAAUGGGUGUGCGAACAGUUUCGGUGUCGUCUGCCUAGCGUUGGCUAUAUCGGAUUUAAUGGGCAGGGUGAUCUCGCCCUCCUCUUUCUCCUCCUCCGCCAAGUGGGAGGCUCCGUGUUACGAGGCGGGGCCAAAUUGCAAGGUUGACGUUUGCGAAUCCACAUGGUUUAGAACUUAAGAAGCAGAGGGAUGGCAUAAUAAGACUGGAUUUGAACUAAUGCCAUUGCACUGACUCAUCCAGGGCGAGUAAAGGAGCUCAGAGAACACGGAUAUUAGAUAGAGAGGUGCUGGAGAGACAGAGAGCAAGGAGAAGGAGGGGGCACGUGAGACAAGGGGGGCGAGAUCGUCUUCAUGGCAGGGAAGGGCGGCAGCAGCAAGCGGUGAAAGAUCAAUAAUUCAGAGGAGUAUUUUAAACAACAAAUAAAGAGCCUCAGAUCCCGGGCUGACUCAGCCAGUCCAGUUCGAGCAGGAAGCUGGCACUUUUAUGAAAGGCUUAAUUACACAGGAGGAAAGGUUCUCCUGACUUAAAAACUACAGGCUAUUGGCUUCGGAACCAGUUAGAAAGCGAUCGACAGGAAGUUGGAAGGAAGGAAAACAAGACAUAUCCAGUUUCCUAUAGAAAUAAAGUAUUUGGAAAGAGAACUCUUUUUUAUUAUUGCUGUAUCUGUUGCUGUGGCUGUUUUGACGUUCGUAUGAGACUCAAAUGAUUUGGCUGUAGAUUUUUUUCUAUAUAUAGAUAUAUAUGUUCUACGCGAAAGCUUUUGGAUUCUUUUUUUUAUUCCCACGGUCCUGUCACAAGGAAAAAAAGAAUAUCAGGAAAGGACUUGUUUUUCAUUGUUUAAAACAGAGAAAAGGGGGGAAUAGGACCCGCUGCCAAACGCGACCGUCUCCACCGAGUGCAUUCGAAAAAUCCUAAGGCAGCCAAUUAAAGAUCGGAAGCGAGCAAGACAGGAAGGGACAGAGAGGGAGCGUGCGCUGGGAGGCUGUGUCUGUGUUCUUUUUAAUUGAAUCUCUCCUGUUUGCACCACGGACAAUGUACCAAGACUUCCCAGGAAAUUUUGACACGUCCUCCCGGGGCAGCAGCGGUUCUCCAGGCCACCCGGAAACUUAUUCCAGCAUCACGAGUCAACAGAAAUUCCGAGUAGAUAUGCCAGGAUCGAGCAGCACUUUCAUUCCUACUCUGAACGCCAUCACCACCAGCCAAGACCUGCAGUGGAUGGUCCAGCCCACUGUGAUCACCUCCAUGCCAAGUGCCUACUCCCGCUCUCAUCCAUACAGCCAUGCGCUGCCAAAUCUGUCGUCGGUCGCUGGCCACACAGCCCUUCAGAGACCUGGUGUCAUUAAAACCAUCGGGACCACGGUGGGCAGGAGGAGGAGAGAUGAGCAGUUGUCACCUGAGGAAGAAGAGAAGCGAAGGAUUAGGAGAGAGAGGAACAAACUAGCAGCUGCCAAGUGCCGUAACCGACGUCGAGAGCUGACAGAGAAACUCCAGGCAGAAACAGAGGAGCUGGAAGAGGAGAAGUCCGUGCUGCAGAAGGAGAUUGCAGAUCUGGAGAAAGAGAAGGAGAAGCUGAAGUUCAUGCUGAUGGCUCAUAGCCCCAUGUGUAAGAUCAGCCCUGAGGAGCGUCGCACCCCACCUCCACACAGCCUCCAGACCAUCCGGACUGGAAUGAGUGGCCCCGUUCUGGUGAAGCAGGAGCCUGUGGAAGAAGAGAUUCCCUCCUCCUCUUCCGACCUUGAGAAAGGGCAGAGAUCUGUCAUCAAACCCAUCAGCAUUGUAGGGGGGUUUUACGGGGAAGAGCCGCUCAACACCCCCAUUGUGGUGACCUCGACACCCGCCAUCACCCCCGGAACAUCCAACUUGGUCUUCACCUACCCCAGCGUGCUAGACCAAGAGUCACCACUCUCCCCAUCGGAGUCAUGCUCCAAAGCUCACCGGCGGAGCAGCAGCAGUGGUGACCAGUCCUCCGAUUCCUUGAACUCACCAACUCUGCUGGCCCUGUAAUCCUUUGGCCACCAUCCCACCCAAUUACUCUGGGAAGAAACCCCACAUACCUUUUGCUCAGAGACCAGCACAAUGACAUUCAAGCACAAGGGCAGCAAAAGCAAGAAGAGGAACUGAUGUUGCUCCAGGUACUUCCUGAGACAGGAAGAACCAAAACAAAUGCAAGCCAUAGAGAAGUAGGGUGGGGGGAGCAGAAGUGGUGUGACAGGGACCUAUGUACUUAGAGGACAUGGUGGUGGGGAAACCCCUCACACUUGGUUGAGUGUGAACGGAUGUGAGCUUCAGUGAAUUGCUAGCCACCCCCCUGAUAUGCUGAUGAAUGGACUGGUCUGGCUGGGUUCCCUUCUGUGCUAAGUAGUACAUUCCAGUUAGUUGAUCUCAUUUUGGGCCUUAACCUUUUGAUUUUCAGCUGGAUACCAUGACAUUUCGAAAACUCUAAAGGCUUGUGGCAAUUGCCAUUAAACUGCUGCUGUUGUUGGGAUCUGCCUAUGGGAAACUCUUGCUGUGCUUGGGUGAUCUGGGGCUGUUGAUAACAGAGCCAAGAGAAAUCAAUCAUGAGCCCAAAUAGUUCUUUUAAAAAUUACACUCCCAGCACCUUUGUGGGAAGGCAACAAUAUGGAAUGUGGAAGCAAGCAAGCUGAAAGUGCUGGAUAUUCUGUUGCGGGGGAGGGGGGGCGGCAGUGGUAAGAAAGGAACAGUCGCCUUGGAGAUGGAGCACGGAGAUAGGUGCGUUAAUUUCUCGGUGUGUUGCAAAAGUCUCUGUUAGUGAGCCAGGAGUGGUGCCAAGGGAGCUGGGGAGAUGCCAGCGUGAGUUCCCACUAAGCCUUUGUCUCUGGCAUGGUUUCUUCUGUAAUUAGUGUUUGUCAAAAUCUGUUUCUGGACCCUACAUUUCCUUUCUCUUUGGCUGCCAGCCACCUUGGGUGUGAUGUAUCCUCCUCAGAAGUGUGCCUGACUCAGAUGCUAGUGCCGUUUCUUGAAGAAAGCGACCGGCUUCUGGAUCUGUGGACCACAGGCUGCAGCGCAAUGCCAUUCUUCUCUUGUGACUGAUCCAGGAAAAGGACUUGCUGAGGGUGAAAAGCACAGGAAGCUAGUGGGGAGCUCCCUUGGUGAAUUCCUCCUUCCUGUUUUCUGGAGGGCUGUAUUUAACUCAUCAGUUCAUGGCCAAAGGUGUGUAUGCGUGUGUGUGUGCUGUUUGAUGGCUUCAGACCUACUUUUCCCUAACCCUAACCCUUUACGGUCCUAGAGAUAACCAGGGAAAAACAGUUUCUAGAUCUGGUCUUGAUCUUCUCAUGCAUUCUGUCCCUGCAGUGGCUGCCGAGAUAUUUUUUAAAAUCAAGGCUCGCUCGCUCCCUACUGAAACAGGCAGCACACGUUACUUCCUGCAAGGCAUCACUUGGUGCCAAGGCAAAAUCUUGUUGAAGACCAUUGCAAUUAGGCAGUGUGCAGCUGCUUGGUUUUACAGAGAGGUGUACAGAUGGACCAAAGAGAGUUUUGCUGGUUCCCCAGCUAGUAGCUGAUGGGUUUGUUUCAAAACUGUUACCUGCAGGACAUCUCAUUUAGCCCACCCUAGCUAGGCUUCUGAUGGCAAGUAUACAUUUAUGUUUACCGUUUUCCGCCAUCGUUCUGUUUGAUUUCAUGUCUGGGUGUGUUGAGCCAGAUUGGCGGAGGGAUUCUGAUCUUCUUGUGGUGUUUGGGAAUCAUCUCUCUGAGCCGGAAGAACACCUUCAAGCCAUGUUAGCUGCAUUGGUGAGCAUCUCUGUCUCUCCUGAAGCGUUGCCUUAACAGCCAGGGAACUCAACCUCAAGGCUUCGUCAAGUGUUUCCAAUUAUUGCAGUGAUUCCAAUUCAUGCAGUGACCAAACUCCCUUUGACUCGGUUUUUGUUUUUUAAUGCAUCUGGAUUACAGCCAUAGUUUUGGGUCAACUUCAGGUCAGCUGCUUAUAUGUUCAGGUGUGAAAAGGUAUAAUUCUAGGCUAUUUGUGUGAUCAAUGCUUCUUACUAAUAACAAAAAGUAGGUAAGACUCGCUUGUUUCGCAUUGAGAAAAAGCUAAAUUCUGUGACUUGUAUAAAUUGUGCAACUUUUGAGUCCAGUUGCUAAAUUUGCAUUAUUUAUUUUUGCCUAUGCUGGCCAUAGGGAGGAGAAAGGAGCGAUGGAGAGUUCUGAAAGCUCUGGCCACUGGCAGUUGUGCUUAGUGCACCUCUGGCUUGUCAAAUCUCACCAGGCAUUUCCUAUACAUUUUCAAACUUCUUUGCACAGCAGUAAAUGCAAAAAAAGAAAAGAAGAAGGGAGGGACAGAAAGUGUAUAAACUAAGAUUUUGCUGCGGAUUGUCCCUGAUAUCAAACUCUGCACUACAACAGUGCAACCACUUAAACCCAGAAUAAACAGUUCUGUCUGUCAGUCCUGCUUUUUAGUUUUUGUUUUCAAAUGCAAACUGUUCCCAGUAAAACAUUUUCUUCAAGAUAUCCUUGGGCCUCCCUCCCUCCCUCUUUCCUUCUUCCCAUUUAGAGUGUUUUCCAUUGCUAAAGAUUCAGCUUUGAGCAUCUCUCCAUGUAUUAACUCUGUAUGAUCACGAUAGGAUAAUCAGAAAAGCACAGAAUACCUCUGAAGACAUCAAUCUGCCCUUGGUGGGCCAAAGAAAUUUAAGAAUCCACAUGUCCUCAGCUCAUAUAACUUCACACUGGGCCAAUUUGGUCCAAGCUUUAUGCUGUUCUCCAGCCUUCCUGAAAAACUCAACACUGAAGGUAACUGAGACACCUACUAUUCCAGAUCUGUAAAUUAAAGAACUAGUAGCAGAAUAGGAGCUUGCUCUUUGAAAUCCCUAAUGCUGUCCAAGCAAGCCUGUGGCAGUGUUUAAUGUGGUUAUUUGUAUGAUAGUCUUUCCCAACCUUGUGUUCUCCAUGGCUUGCCAGAAGUUGCACAUCAGCACCUCUGGUGGGGAAGCAGCUUGGGGAAGGCUGAUCUGUGGCUACCAUUUGCUAGCUGCUGUGAUGUUGCCAUCAUUUUAUAGAUAGCUUGGGUUGGUCACAGGCCUGCUCCAGAAACCCUGGAGGAAGUGCAUGGAAGAGCAACUGCUUGGUUUUAGUGGGAUUCCUCAUGACAGCAGAAGCAGAAGAGAGAGAAGCAGGAGUUAGAACCUGCUUGUAUUAAAGCAAGUAGGGUAGGUGGUGGGCCAUGUCUGUGGAACAUCUCCCUUUGAAACAAGAUUUGAUUUGUAGGUUGCUUGGAAAAAAAAGCUGGGAUUGAAACUGGAAGUGGUUGGACAUCCAGUCUUUUGUAAAGGCUUGCAGUUGCAACCUUCAGCAGGUAGCUCUGGCAGAAGUGUGUCUUGAUUUAUACCAGUUUCUAUACAUAUUCCACUUAAAAGGGGUUUCCUCCCUGGGUCUAGGCACAGUGGUCUGCCUGUGCUUUUGUUGCUGUGCCCUCCUUUUUCUUACUGCUUCAAAUGGGUCGAAAUCUACCAAAUUCCUCCAGAAGGCAACUUAUUGGAGUGCCUUAAUGGCAGGUGUUCUUGUCCAUUUGAGUCUUAUAGCUGGCUCGAUGCUUGUACGGAUUCUGUGCAAUGCCAUGUUCUGCCAGGUGAAUCUGCCUUUAGUGUUAGCAGACCUCAGUUAUGACUUGUGGUGAUAGCUUGACAUCUCCGCUCCAGUUUGCCAUAGCAAGACAUUAUGCAGCCCAUAUCCCAGUGAAAGCAUUCAUGUGGGAAGGAAUCCAAAAAACUUUGUAGAUGAGGCAAAGCCCAAGCUCAUAAAUCUGCAGGACUUAUACCAAGCCUGAAAAGAGUAGAUCUCUGAUCCAGCAGCGAUUUACUCACAUACUUUAAAGUUAAACCCACAUGAACAUGUCCUGGUGAAAAGAUGUGCUUUUCUUCAUUAGCUUGCAAUAUUUUGAAGAAAAUGUAGCUAUGUUUUUUGAAGGGGACAAUCAGUUUGUGUCUUAACACUAACUCUCUCUAAAUCUUUGCUUCUCAUUAUCCAUUCUGGCUUCUAAUGUUUGCGCGACUGUUUCCAUUUACUUUUGAGCACAAUUCAACCAUUCCUUUGCAGCCUCUGUUCAUUUCAAAAUGUUUUGCCCCAGACCUGAUGACACAAAUAGAGAACGGUGCAGUUACAGUGUUUUAACAGAUUUUGCGCUUCAAGUCUGCAAUGUGCUUGUGAUAGAACAAAACCAAGGGUCAACAUGUGGGUUUCAAUAGGUUUUCCCCCAUUUUGAAACAUUUUCAUAUUUAAUUGAUUUACUGUGUUCAUUUGAACUUAGCAAUGUGCUGCUUUUAUAUUCUACCUGGCCCUAAUCCUAAAAACACUGAUUGGUUUCUUAUUUAUUGGCAGGCAAACGUUUUUUGUGUCUGCUCCAGCAAAUCUGCCCACCGUUAAUUUAACAUCCCUCCAACUUGUGUUCCUGCUCCUUAAUGCCAAAAUGAAAUUCUGCAAUAGUAAAAAAAAGACAAAAAUAUUUCCCAAAGUAUUUUCGUUCAUUUGAAUGGGUCAAAUAUUGUAGGAGAAGGUGCAAAUGAUUCAGAAUGUUUACAUGUUUGUCUCAGAUCUGGAUUUGAAAUAGACCUUACUUUUUAAGGCUGAUUUUUCUUUUAUAAAAUAAUUACCAAUACAUUUGCGUGUCUGGCUUUCCUUCAUGUAAUUUUCCUACGAUUUAGCUCUGCUCUGCAUUUUGUUCUGCCUGUCUUCCAAAUUGGUGAGGAGAAUGUCUAUUAUUUAUUUCAGGAAUGGUGCCGGUGAAAUUUAUUUGCCCCAAUUUUUUGUUCCUUUCGUUCAUGUCAAUUAUUUUUUAUUUAAAUAAGCCAUAGGUAUCUAUCAGUGUACAUCAAAACACUGGAAGUAUUUUCAGGGGAAGGACUGUAGCUCAGUGGUAGGGACUCCUCUUCAUGGGCAAAAGGCCCAAGGCCAAGUCCUGGUUCCUCCAGAUUGGGCAAGGAAAGACCUACUGAAACUCUGGAGGCUGUGGUUGGUCAUGGUAAGCAUUGGCCAUGCCAGCUAAAGAUAAUGAGGCUUGUAGCCUUAUCACAUCUGGAGAGAACAUCAGAUUGGAAAUAUCUGGUGUGAAGGAUACUGAGCUAGAUUGACUAGUGGUCUGACUUGCCGUAAGGCCUGUUAUUAUUUUUUCUUUCAACAUACAGAGAUGCACAUGAUUAUAUCACUAUUUCAUUAGAUGACAGUUUGCAUGUUGCUGCAAAUUCUAAUGAAUGGCCCCAAUUUGUGUGAAAGUGCAUUUUGUAGGCAGAAGGGUCAAAACCCACUCAGGUUUUGACUGGUAAGGCAAGUUAAUUUCUACCACAAUUGCUGAACUGAAGCCCUUUCAUUCUAUCCAGGAAAUGUCAAUUUUACUAAUAUGCGAACCCUCCCAUAAAGUACAAGGGAUGUUCAUGAAAUUAUGUGCGCUUGCAUGUUGGAAAAAAAGAAGCCCACACAGCUAUCUGAUACUUUAAUGCCCACCAUUGCUUGUGCACAUGGUUUGCUCAAGAAUAGCAAACGGGGUGUGUGCUCAGGAGUCUUUACAAGUUCUGGAAAUUUGUAAAGUCUGAGGAAUGAAAAAAAAGCAAAUGCAUUGCUGCCACCGUGCAAGCAGGACCAGAGAAACUGAACCACUAGACCUAGGGGGAAAUUCACAGGGAAAGAAAGUCAGAAACAGUCUUACCUGUGUUGGGGGUGGGAGAGGGGACUCUGUAUAAAAUGUAUAAAGAGAGAACUUGUUUCUAAAGAUGCAUUAUCAACCCUCUGCAAAUAGUGGAUGGUGCCAGAAAAUCUCUCUCAUUCUCUCUCUCUCAAUGAUAAAUUAUAACUUUUUCCUGUUUUAGGAAAUGAUUCUCCUUCCCUUUCUGUAUACAAUUAAAAGUUUGCUCCACUUUCUUCUUUGUGGCUGUUUGAUGUGGGGGGAAAAAUCAAAUUUUGUGUAGAAAAUAGGCAUUGGUCAGAUUUGUCUUUGCUCAGUGAGCAGAUAAAGUGUUGUGUGUGUGUAUAGAGGUUUUGUUGUGUAGUCCCAAGUAACCUUGGUAAGAGAUAGUGCAUCUUUAUUAGCACGAUAGUUUAAUAAGGUAAAAUGGAAGACUGCUUUAAGAUUCCUGAAGAUAUAAAGGCCUGACUUUCAUUCUGAUUGCGUGACUAUCACCUUAAAUGCAGUUACUUUAGAUAUACAUAAGCCAAUGCUAACACCAGUAGAGGAAUAAUCUCUGUGAUCAGAUUUGUGCCACAACAUUUGUGCAUAUCCAGAGAGAUCAUUGUAUUUUUCUUUCACAGGUCCUUUUUCUCUCCUUUUCUUAACUUGGGAUGAAAUUAUUCCUUGAAAUGAUUUAAAGUUAUUUUAAAUGACUGAAUUGGAACCCUUCUUUGAUCUUUUGUGUAGAUCUUCCUAUGUCGGAGAAGUUUGGCUUGGUUGCCAUCUUCUUGUUGCUUUCCUUGUGAUACAGGCCUUUGAUAUUUGCACUAAACGAUGAUGAAAACAAUUCUAUGGAAGCUGGUUAGGGAAUGCUUGCUGCUAUGAAAGAAAGAACAUAGUAAAAUAAUGGCCAUGCUUUUAAAGUUUUAAUGGAGUACUACCAUUUUGUAAAAUAAAAUCGAUCUAAGAUUGAAAAGAAUGAAGGUUUUAUAUAUAUAUUAUAUAUAUGUAUAAAAUUGUAAUUGUUAUUUUUUACUUUUUCUCACCUUUCAUUUCCUCAUCGCAUCUGGUACCAUUCCAUGCUCUAUGAUGAUUGAAUGUGUUCACUACCCUAAUCCCAUCCCUAAGUUCAAACACUUGUAAAUUGCGCUUUUAUGGCACUGCGGACACCUUUUUUGUUUUGUUUUUGUAUAGUGAGAGCUACCUGGAGUUAUUCUCUCUCUUCAGUUGAAGUUAUUAAAAGAUUCUCUUUGUUAUGACAAAUCAAAA